UAUUCAAAAGUUACCUACUUAGUGUCAUUGAAAGAUGUUUAGUAAUUUGUUGUAAAAUUAAGUUAUUUUUACUUAAUCAGAUUCCGUGGUAAAAUGUAAAUUAUAUCAAAACCAAUAUGUAUGACACUAAGUCUUGUUUUUGAUAAUAACAUCCUGUUAAUAAUAUUAUAUUAUGGAAUUACUUGUUUACUAUUGUAUUUAUGUUAGAGAAGUGCUGCAUUAUUUAAUAUUAUGAGAGAAUUUUGGUGGAUUCUAAUAUUUUCUGUUAUAUACAAUUGUAGUUGUUAUGAAUCUUCUACAACCAGUGAUGAUUAUAAAGACAGCACUACUUCUUCCUACGUUAUCUCCACUACUAAAAGGCCAAAAGACGAAAAUAUUUGUCCAAAUGACGUAAACAGUAAAUUAAUAAGUGAAAGUGGUAGAGAAAUAACAUGGCACCCAUUUAAACACGAUGGAAAUGAUUCCAUUUCUUAUAAUAUUUCUAUAAAAGAUAUAAAUUCGAGAGAUGAUCCAACAAAAAAUUCUACGAAGUGCAUAAAGAAAUGUUCUUUUAUAUAUAAUCAAUUCAAACCAGGUCGUAACUAUAAAGUAGAAGUAAGGGCAGGAAACUGUACAGUUAGUCCUAUAACAGUGAAAAUUCCAUUUGCGCUUUCCCAGCCCAAAAAUCUAAAAAUAACAGACAUAACGAGUGAAGGGUUUAACAUAUCAUGGGACAAACCUGAUUGGUACGUGAAUAAUCUUACUAAAUAUAAAGUUGAUAUCAAAAUAACCAAAGAAGAUAGGCCUGUGUAUUGUGAAGAAAUAUUAAAACGAAACCACACCUUUUACACUUUUGAACAAUUUUGGUAUUUUCAAGAUGGGAAACCUUAUACAAAGUACAUAGUGGAAAUAAAAGCCUUUAUAGAAUCCGAAUUUAAUGUUCGACCAAGUAACCAAUCUGUUAUGACUUUAGGAAAAGAUCCUGAUCCACCUUUAAACUUGAAAAAUAUUACAGAAAAAAACAAUGUGAAUUUAACAUGGUCAAGACCAUGUAAACUUAAUGGUAAUAUUUCUCAUUUUGAAUUAUCUUUAAAUGGAAUUUAUAGACUUAAUAAUAAAGACCCACAUAAUCUUCUAAAAAAUAUUUCAUAUACAAAUAACCUAAAUAAUUAUACCUAUGUGUAUAUUUAUAAAGAUUUAAAACCAUAUUAUUUAUAUAACUGUACAAUAAAAACGGUUUUAUUUAAUGAAAAAAAAAGUAUUGGUAUGAGUACUUCAUUUAAAACACCAGCUGUAUGCCCGGGAGAACCAACAAACUUAAAUGUAAUAGAAAUGGACUCAUAUAUAUUAAUAGAAUGGACGGAACCUAAAAACAGAUCUGGAAAAAUUAUUGAAUAUAACAUUAGAAUCGAAGAUAAAGGAAGUUUACAAUAUACUAAAUACUGUCCAAAACAAAAUUUCUCUAUAACGCAUAAUACCAGCAAAACAAAUUUUAUAUUUAAUGAUUAUUAUCCUUACCAUGAGUAUCAAAUAUCGGUAUCAGCUUAUACCGAUGCUGGACAAGGACUAAAUAAAAUAAAACAGUUGAAUACGAAUGCUACUGAACCUGAAAAAGUAGAAAAUUUAAAAAACGAAACUUUGUUAGAAAUAAAUAAUAAAUCUACUUUUAAGUAUGAAGUCAAUAUUUCCUGGGACAUGCCCUGUUUAAACGGCGAAUUAAAUAAAUUUCACUUUAAAUUUGAUAGUGUAGAAUUGAGAAAAGGACAAAAACUCCAUUACAACAAUGGAAAAACUAUGGAAACCUAUUUCAUUCUUUAUUUAAAGCCUUUUCGUACUUACAACGUAUCCGUAUGGGUUGAGACGAAAACUGGAAAAGGAAGGAGUGAAACUAUACAAAUUAAAACUCCAAGUGGAUAUCCUAAAAUACCUAAAAAUAUAUCUUUUGUACCUAACGAAUCAAACAUCACUAUGCUUUGGGAAGAAAAUGAAGUAGUUUCAAACAUUACUGGAUAUGGUAUUUUGGUGGAUCCUUUAGGCCCUCGAAAAGGGGAUUUAAAUGCUACAGAAUUAGGAAGAUGUUAUUACUAUGUUGAAGAAAAACCUCUAAAAGAGGAUUUAAAUGUUACAGAAUUAGGAAGAUGUUAUUACUAUGUUGAAGAAAAACGUUUAGAGUUUCCAAUUGUACCAUAUUAUAAAUACAACAUUACUAUAUGGGCGAUUGCAGAUCAUUGUAAUGGAACCGAAAAUGUAACAACUGUAGAAAGUUUACCCAGUGUUCCAGAAAAUGUUCGAGAUAUCAGAUACAGCAUAGACUCAUCCAAUAAUUCAAUAAAGUUAUCAUUUAGUUUCCGACAACCUAGAAGAUUUAAUGGGGAAUUUAAAAAAUAUAUAACAACUUUAAAAUCAAAUAAUAAAAUGAUAUGCAGUAUUAAUAUAAUAAAUAACAGUUUAGCACAAAAUGAUGAAUGCAAAAAAAUAAAAAUACAUUAUUUUAAUAAAAAUGAAAUAGAAACUCUUCUUGAACAUAACAAAACAUAUAAUAUUACGAUUUAUGUCGAAGCUUUUAAAAAUAUUAGUACAUCGUUUGAAAUCAUAACACCACAAAAAUUAAUACAACCAGAAGUAAAUAAAAACGGAGUUGUAAGCUUUCAACUAAAAAAAAAAUAUUUUUCUGAACUUAAAGAACAGAUUAUGUACUAUGCUAUACUGUUACAUCAUGGAAAUAAACCCGAUACAAAAAAUCUAGUUCAUAAGUAUUAUUAUAAUGUUUCGUUGAGUGAAAAUAAUUUUGAAACUAAUUUUUGGAGUGAUGAUAAUUGGCGAAAAGAAGCAAAUGGCUAUCAUUAUAUUACUACACCAUUAUGGAACCCUAUGGAAGGUAAUAAAUCAGAAGUUUUUAUUAAAAUAUGUCCAAGUCAAGAGAUUGAAUGUGAAGGAGAUAAUAACAUACAAGAAAACAUGUUGGAAGAUAGCAAUUAUAGCAUUUCUGUUAGAGCUUUUACGAAUUCAGGUUUUAGAGAUUCAGAAGAAAUAUUUUUUCAUACAGCAUGUGUUUCCGGAAUUGGUUUUGGAGCCAUUCUAGGCAUUGUUUUUGGAUUAUUAUUCAUUAUAAUUAUUGCCAUUUUCGUAUUCUUUUAUUUCUUUAAAGACGAGCGCCCAAUAUUUAAGAAAUAUAUACCAGUACUUGAAGCAUCAGAUGUGAUUUACCGGUUUCCGCCUCACCAGUUCCUGAGUUAUUGGAAAAAAAUACAAGCCACAGAGUGUGGUUUAAAAUUACAAUUCAGUAAAUUAACAAAAUCUGCCCAAGCUUUUACGUAUUCCACGCAGGUUGCACAAGUACCUGAAAAUAAAAUAAAGAAUCGAUAUGUCAAUAUUUUACCAUUUGAUGAAAAUAGAGUAAUAUUACCUGGUGGUGAAUAUAUCAAUGCUUCUUAUAUAAAGGGAAAAUCAGGAAAAGUUGAGUACAUAGCAUGCCAGGCCCCUUUAAAAUCAACUUGCAAGGAUUUCUGGACUAUGAUCCUUACCGAAAAUGUCUCUAUCGUCGUAAUGGUUACUCAGCUUUAUGAAAAUAGAAAGGAAAAAUGUUACGAAUACUUUCCACACUUAAACGCAUCAAUGAUUGAAGAUGAUAUAACGAUAACAUGUUUAACAGAAACCUAUAGGAAGGAUUAUUGUCUAAGAACUUUUGAAAUUGAAACUGAACACCAGGUUUUAUUAAUAAAACACUUUAGCUUCUUAAAUUGGCCCGACUUUGGUGUUCCUAAAUCAACAGAAUGUUUGUUAAAUUUUUGCAAAGAUAUAAGAAGACAUUACCGAAAUGGAAAAAUAGUUGUACAUUGCAGUGCUGGCGUUGGCAGAACUGGAACGUUUAUAACUGUUGAUAUGAAUUUGGAAAAUAUAGACGAUAAUCUCGAUAUAAAUAUUUAUAGCACUGUUAUAAAUUUAAGAAAACAAAGAUUGCUAAUGGUUCAAACAUUUGUUCAGUAUGAAUACAUCCAUAAAUGCAUUGCGAGCUACAUCAAUAAUGAAUUUGAAACCACAUUUUAAAAAUUGUGUUAACUUUUUGAAAAAUUUCUAUUUAAAAAUACCUAAUUUUGCUUUAUAAAAUUCGUCCUGAUAAAACUUGCUAAAUAUUUUGCUGUACCAAACUGGAACAAGUUUAUUUUUAUAAAAAUGCCCAGGAAGAGAAAAAUUAAAUUCACAUUAAAUUAAAUUAACAUUUUUAAGACAAUAUACAUAUUUUAUUUAUAGACUCCUCCUUUUGACCACCUAGUGGUUCAUAUUAUACUCGAACAUUUUGUUAAUUAAAAUUUUUAAACCCAAUAAUAUUUUGAAAAGUUUUGUACAAGGCUGAACCCAAACUUGACCUUAGAAUCGCUUUAUCCAGGGCCGAAACUGUAGUUAGUUAGUUUUAUAAAGUAUAGAUAUACUAUAUAUAUGCCCGGGGUGGACAAAAAAACCCGAAACGAUAUUUUAAUGUCUUUUAAAUUAAAAGUUUAAUAUGAAAAUAACUAACAAACUGAGUUUUAUAACAAACGUAAAAAUUGCAUAUUACAAAUAAAUAAUAUAACGAGGUGUGAAAAUAACGGAAAUUUUAUUUUUAGAGGAAUAUGUUAUUAAUUCUCAAUCUUUUGGAUAGCUUAUAGCUCUUUCAGCAAUGCGCUUAGUACCACAAGUAUUCCGGGGAUUGGAAGAAGCCCUGGCAUAAAUGUAUGUGUGUAAUUAUUUUAUAUUGUAAAUAAUGGUUUUAUAAAAACACCCUUAGUUUUGUCAUUUUUAUAACAAAUUAAUUUAACACUAAAGUGUUAUAGAUGUGCCAUCAAGAAAUAACUAAUUUUGAGUAAAAAACCGAGUGUACUAUGUAACCAGGGCUGGCUCCAGGACUUGUGCAGCCUGUGCCAAAUUGGAUGAAAAUGUAUAUAAAUGUGUAUGUUUACCUGUAAAACUUACUUUUUAUCAAAAUUCUCAGGAAUAACGAAGUUAUAACGCCUUUUGGUUUUAACAGAUAUUCAGUUUUUUUUAAUAUUUGAUAACCGCUAAUUUUUCCCUUUAUUUUUGCCAUUUUAAUGGCUUUAUUUUAACCGACUUUGUACCUCUUUACCAGUUUAAAAUUUAGCAUUAGCUAAAUAAGCACUAUAAAAUAGGUAAGUCAUUGUUAAGAGGAGCAGCAAAGUUUUGCACGGGGCACAUAAAUGUCUGGAGACGGCCCUGUAUGUAAUUUUAAAAAUGCAAAGUGCAUUGUGAUACAAUUUAAAAAUAAAAUUUAAGUAUUAUGUAAAUGUACUGGUUUAAAUUUGCAGUUUAAUUUAUGUCUAUUAUAUUUUUAUAGUUUAAUAAAGAAUUGUAAUAAUU